AUGCCAGAGAAGGGCUACGUCUCGCAACGGGCACUAUCCAACCUGGUCCCGCCCACACCAAACCUCCACGCCGUCCGCUCGCACUGCUUCCACAACCAGUACGACCCCGAAACCAACCCGGACGGCAUCGUCGCGCUGGCCAUCGCCGAGAACAAGCUGAUGCGCGACGAGAUCUGUGCGCACAUCAACGCCCACACGGCCAUCACGCCGUGGCACUUGACCUACGGGCAGGGGCCGACGGGGUCGCUCGAGCUGCGCAGGGCGCUGGCGGCGUUCGUGCGCGACGUGUUUCGGCCUAGUAUGGGUAUCGACGAGAAGAACGUCUGUGUCUGUCUCGGCGCGGGCAACGCCGUGGAUAAUCUGGCUUUCUGUCUCGGGGAGCCUGGCGACGGCAUCCUCGUGGGCAGGCCGCUCUAUGUGGGAUUUUUCCCGGAUAUUGAAGCCAGGGCAAAGAUCUUGCCCGUUCGGUCAGAAGCUGACCAUGGGCACGAGCUUGAGGACCACCUCAGAGUCAAGCCCGUCCUUGUCCCCUUUGGCCCUGAUACGGAUCCCACCUCUGCCGCGGCGGUCCCUUUCUACGAAGCUGCUCUACACCGAUCCAACGCUGCCGGCGUACCCAUCAGGGCCAUCCUCCUGUCCAACCCGCACAACCCGCUGGGGAGACCGUACGAGAACGACUUCCUCACGGGUAUCAUGCAGCUCUGCGCAAAGCACAACAUCCACCUGAUCUCGGACGAGGUCUACGCACGCUCCAACUUCCCCAGCACCGACAUCCCCAACCCGGCGCCCUUUGUGUCGGUGCUCUCGUUCAACCUGGCCGAGUACAUCGACCCGUCGCUGGUGCACGUCAUCUACGGCAUGAGCAAGGACUUUUGCGCCAACGGGAUCCGCGUGGGCGCGCUGAUCUCGCCCGCCGCCAACGGCACCGUGAUGCGGUGUUUCCGCGCCGUGGCGAGUUUCAGCCGCGCCUCCCAGCUCGCCGAGCACGCCUGGCUGAAUCUCCUUAACGACCUGCCAUUUCUGGACACGUACUUCCCGCUGCUCCAGCAGAGGAUGACGGACGCUUACGAGUUCACCACCUCGUUUCUGAAACGGCACGAUAUCCCGUAUACCAAGGCGAGCGUGACGAGUUUCAUCUGGGUCGACCUGAGUCGCUAUCUCAGAGAGGACAGCGUCGAGGCCGAGCUGGAGCUGAAUUGGAAAAUGGCCCACGGCGGCGUGUGGUUGGCCAUGGGGGCGAGUUUCGCCAGUGAGAAGAACGGCAAUUUUAGGAUAACGUUUGCGACACCGAGAGAGGAACUGAGCAUGGGGUUGGAAAGGUAUGAUAUUGCGAUUGUUGCCUCGACGUGGUGCUGA